GUAAUAAUCAGAUGUGGUCUCUGGCGUAUGUAUGUAAGUCUGGUUGAAGACAGAAGUGGUGACCCGUCUGUAUGGUUGAGAUGCCUGUGCGCGGACGGCAGGCGCUAUUGGUUCCCUCGGGUGCAUAGUUUAAGCGCCCGCUCGCCUUUGGACCCUCGUCUCAACACUCCGGCCGGCAUCCAUCCAUCCACCAUCACGACGUCUGCUGCUGCAGGCAUAUUCCACUCUCAUCUCAUGACCGUCACGUCACUGUGCUCUCUUCCACACAGGAAGUCGGUACAAACCGCCGCUGCAACCGGUGCGCACUUUCUCUCCACCUCCAUACAGCCAGCAACGACGGGAAACGCCGAGAGAGAUAGUCCCUUUGGACCGGAUUCGUCCAUGUGGCUGGAGCCUUGAUCAACCGUCACAGUCUCUUUAUAUAUCAAGCGAUUCUGCAUGAAGACACAAACGACCGUUCAUGCCCAUGCCAGACCACCUUGAAGCAUGCAGACAGAGCACCAAUCCGGCCCCAUUGUCGAUAUUGCCGUUCCCAAAGCAUCCAUCCAACCACGAGCCUUCGCACCCCUGCCCUGCCGUGGGAAGGCCUGCAUGAAACAAACCUGCGCUCGUGAUUGGCCCGAAUGCGCCACGCCGCAAUGUGAUGCGCAGACGCGAGUGAGGGCAAGCUGCCAGUCAGCGCCUGCCAUGGCUACUUCGGCUGACGGCCUGCAGCAUCUGCACCUCGUAUACCAUGCUACCGUGUGGAGAGGAUGCCUUGCCCUUUAAAUACCCAUCAUCCCGCUCCGCAUCCUGUGGCGAGCUUGUGCGCUCUGCCCAUAUCCGCCCGCCUCCAGUACUGUGCUGUGCUGUGCUGCACCGUGUGCUGUGUACCAUCUUCAACGUCCGCAUCCCGCUCGACCAUCCCAGUGCAUUCGUUUGCAUGCAAAAGAGACGGAUUCUAAUGGUUGUCUUUGGCCGCUGACUUUCGAGUCUCUCCCCGCCUCGCUCCAUCGCCGCCAACACCAUCACCACGUUCAAAUAGCCCGUCCCGUCGCAGUUCACCUCAACCCCCCAAAGCGCACUCUCGACAGUCACCAUGUUUAGGUUUUUUAUUCCGCGCCAAUGGCGCCUUGCACGCAUCGUCUACAUUCUCAUGAUCCUCGAGUUUCCCUUCACCGUCGCCAAUCUCACCAUUUUCGGAGUUGCCAGUCCCAAUUUGUAUAGAGAGAUCUUAUGGGCCGAAGGCGGGAGGAGAGGUUUCAACAGUGAACCAUCCGAUAUCCUCUACGCCUAUGCCAAUUAUCGUCCGGUCAAGAUUCCCAUGGUCUGGAGCAGCUUUAACACCCAAUACAACCUCUACAUCGGCGUCAUAUGCAUGUUCUUUUACCUCAUCAAAGUAACUGGCUGGCUCCUCCACGUCUUCUACCCCAUAUUCUCGCUCCCUUUGCACAUUGCCCUCCUGGUACUUUGGGCCGUCUCCAUCGCCGUUCAAACCGGAUCCGACACAAUCGACCCCGAGCAUCAGAACCAUGGCGCUCCUUGGUAUAUCACCAAAAAUUGUGACAUUGUCGAGGAUAAGACCGUCAGGGGAUACUGCAUGCAAGCCAAGAGUGCCUUUGCCAUCAGUGUCUUUAUGCUCGCAAUAUACGCAUUUCACAUCUGCUUCGCCCUAUACUCCCUCUACCCAACCAAGGCUGCGCGAGAAGAACACGCCGCCAAAGUCGCCGAGCGCAAAGCGCAAAAGGAGAAAUGGGCUGCCGCUAAUUCACCCUACGAUAAUGACAUGACGCCCGAGGAACAGUGGCAACACAUGUGGGAGCUCCAGCAGCUGCCACGAACCCCAGGCACCACGCAUGGCGCCGGCUGGGGUGAGAAGAUGCCCGUCACGCCCCGCACCCGCGCCUUUGGCGCCCUUGAGGGGAACCCAAAUCCGGAUCCCGCACCUGUGGGUGCAUAUCUGAGCCCUGGGCAACAGCAGCAGCAGCAGCAGCAGCAGCAGCAACAUGACAAUGCGGAGUUUUAUGGUGGUGCGGAUGCUGGUCAUGGCGCGGUGCAGCAUUAUCCUGAGCCGUAUCAACCUGCAAAUGCGUAUGGGAGUGGCUACGCGUACCCUGCGCCACCUCAGCAGGACGAAUUCCCGUACGAUGGCAAGGGCAAAGGGACUGCCGUAUAA